UAUCCAUGAACAUCCUUCUAGGCAACUCUCAAUAGCUGAGUCACAUAUUUUAUCCCUCCACCUUUAAAGCCGCUUAGGCGCAUAUCUCCUCAUCAAAGAAUGAAAUCGGGAGUGUCUAUCUUGUACUGAGAGAGGCACGCGUCUGCUCGAGGUGCUUGCAUCUAUGCGAUGGACCUGGUAGAUUCUGACUAUAUCCUUCAGCACGGUCAAAUCUCAUUGACUAAGGUCUCGUCAUCGAGUAACUUAUGACCAUGACCAUGGCUCAACUCGAAACGCUGCCCACUGAGACUCUGUUGGAUAUCAUUUCUUGCCUCCGUGGUCCCCGUGAUGUGAGAACGUUACUGAGUCUCUGUUUAACAUCGAAACGACUGUGGAUGAUCACACAACCUUUCCUUUAUAACGUGUUCUACAAGUAUGUCUUCGAUCAUAACAACGGGAUAUAUGUGAAGCGAGCGAGCCGCAUCCGUCCUCUUCUCGCUUUCGCUAGAACCCUUGCGUUGCGACCUGACCUGGGUGGACAAGUAUUUCGUCUCUGCAUCAAUGCGAAUCACGACCCUUCAGACUCGGUCGGGGAAUGGUCAGCAGCGGUUAGGAACGAAACCAUCGCAGUGCUGAACAGCGUCAUCCACCAGAAGCGGAUUCCCUGCCAGCUCGAAUAUGUGACUGCCAUAAACGGUGCAAGAAUGAAUCCGCUGAUUGUGGUCAUUGCUGCCCUCGCUCCGAAUCUUGAGAACUUAGAUCUUGUGAGCGGCCGCGAAGGUCUGAGAGGCUUGAGGCCACUUUAUCUCCCAGGGCCUGAUGGUAGACCUGCAUAUCUGUCUAGGUUGAAGUCUCUUCACAUAAAAGAUAAGUUAAAAAUGCGACAUCCGACUAUGUCGGAAGUGGUCGACUUAAUGUGCUUGCCUAGCUUGAAGGAAUUCUCCUUGGCGUUUUGCGAGGGCAACGGCUCUGGGUGUCCAAUCUUUGAGCUUCCAACCGGUUCUUUCAAAUUUUCCGAGUUACACCUCAUAAGAGCUUCACUGGAUGCAACACGACUGACAAAUAUCAUGCGGGCGUGUGAAAAUCUCGAGGUCCUCGCAUACGAAACAACGGUGCCUUGGGAUGCCCGAAGGAGGGUGAGCUGUCAGUUCCCAGCCCCGGCGCUACUUCCCUGUCUGGAGCCUCAACGGCAGAAUCUCAAGUCGCUGCGCGUCGACCUGGAUGUGGCCAACCCCAUAGCCAUUGAGAAAUGGCAUCGUUGCCCCCAGUACGGAAGUUUCCGGGCAUUCGAGAACCUCAAGCACUUGGAGGUGGAGCAAGGCAUACUACAUGAUUUCGGCAAUUUGCCACCCAAUAUCGAGACUGUCACAGUUCUCGCUUGCGAUUAUCCAGUCUAUGACAUGAUGGCUGGAUUGGCCGAGUAUUGCAAAAAUGACUUUUCACGUCUAGAACUUGUUUCUCUGAGGCCCAAAUUCCCUCCUGCGAGCGGCUUGCUCGGUAUCCCUGGCGCGUACACCUUCAACGAUCUGGAGGAUGAUGAUUGGUUUCGAGAGCAGUAUAGAGUCGGUUGCGCAACUUUGGAUACUAUUGUCAAUGACGUCAAUUUUGAACUCGAGGUCGAGUGCGAUGGGUGGGAAAUGUAUCAACACGGCGAACUGUAAACUGGCCACCGAUGGCGAAUAGAGGAGACGAGUGUUGGAAGGGAUCCAGUGGACCCAGUAUUUCUUUUUGGUACGAUCGAUACCAUAUGGACCCUUUGUACGAAAGUAUCUCCCCUACAAUCUUUCACGACAAGCUUUUCCGUCUAACAAGACUGCUUCAGAGCGUGUCCUGCAGUAGGUGAAGUGUACGGGUUCUAUGUGGGAAUGCCAUAUUGAACGAUUUUGGUAACAACAAUGAAAAUCAUAGGCACGGAGGCUAGAUACAAAAGUCCAUAGUGGU